UGUGAGGAGGAGACGCCACGUUACGACUCACCCAAGCGUCGUUUCUUGUCUAAUUUGAGUGGCUUUGGGACCGACCAAUACAACGAAUAUACGCUCGGUGAUUGCACAAGGAUGCCAGGAUAUUACCAUGAGGACCAGUUUGGGUCAGGUGGUGGUGGCAGCAGCCGUUACAGAAGUGGGAGCAACAGAGGCGGCAGAGCCAGUGGGGGCUAUGGUAGAGGGGGCGGAGGGGGCGCCAGUGGAGGAGGCGGAAGCUACAGCCGUGGGAACUACAGCCGCGGAGGAGUGAGCAACCACAACCCACACUACAGUGGAGGUGGCAGUUACAGCAGCAACAGGCACCAUGGAGGGGGCAGCCACAGUGGCACUGGGGGCUAUGGGGAUGGGGGCUAUGGGCGCACAGGCCAUGCCUCCAGCCAGGGCAGAUCUCCAAACAGGUACAGCGGUGGCAUGAACUCGGGCAGCAUGAUGGUAAACCCCUGGGAGAGCGGCAUGGUGCCCACAGCUGGGGGAGGCAGUGGGGGUAACGGGCUCCUGCCAACACCAGGAGGGUCAGGGGGUAGCAUUGUGGGGGGUGGGGGAGGGGGCACAUCCAACCUGCUGGGUUCCCUUAGCCAGCUCAGCCAGAUGGGCAAUAACGAGUCCAAACUGGCACUCAACAUACUCAAUGCCGUGCUGUCUUCGGGUUCCUCGCUAGUGGAUGGGCGUGACAGCCGUGAUUAUGGCCCUCCCGCCAACAAAAUGCGACGCAUGGACAGGGGUGGGGGGAAUGACGACCGUCGUGGGCGGGCUCGUUCCCCCCAAAUGCGUCCUCCACCCUCACGCAAGUUGCCCCAACGGGAACAUCACUUCAGCCCCCGACGUGCCUGGGAUGAGUCGCCCCACAGUCGCAGGGGUCGCCAUGUCUCUGGCCCAGCUGGACUUCCAAUGAUGAAUGACUACCAGCUUAGGAAAAAGGUCAAGGCCAGGAAGGGAAAGCCCAGGCCUGAUGCUAAGGAUAAUAAGGCCCCUGCCAAGGACCAGGAGAAGGGGAAGGAUGAAACAGCUUCAACAACAGCAGCAGAAACAGCAGCAGGUGUCCAGGAGGGAGUCAAAGCUGAGGGUGAUGGUACCCCAGCUGCAGCUGGCCCCAACAAGAGGUAAGCUCCCAACCCAGUGUGCUG